AUGUCAGGGCAAUACUAUCCACAAGCUGACGAUGAAUACACAGCGCCUCCCGGAGCCGGCUCAGGAGGCCCCCAGAAGUCCUACCCACCGCCGCCGACCUCCCCGCCCGCGAACCAGACAAAGUUCUACCCGCCGCCGCCCGGCACGCCGGGCUUCGCGCCCCAGCAGCAGCAGCAGCAGCAGCAGCAGUCCCAACAAGGCUAUCCGGCGCCGCCGCAACAGCAGCAGCACCAGCAGAACUACCCGCCACCACACCACGCGCAGAGCUAUGGCGCCCCGCCGCAACACCAACAGAGCGUGUCGCCGCCGCCCAAGACAGGCACGCCCGCCUCGUACCCGCCGCCACCCGGCACGCCGGGCUUCGCGCCCCAGCAACAGCAACAACAGCAACAACAGCAACCCCAACACCCAGCACACAUGACCCUGCCCCUGCGCAACAACGGCACCCUAACACCGCCAGGCGGUCCCACCGCGCCGCCCUACUCCGAGGCCGCGCCCAACAGCGCGCCCGACAGCUACCCGCAGGAGAAGCUGCCCCCACAAGCCGUGCCGCCGCCCAACAUGUCGGCGGGCGCGCCGGCCUCGGGCCAGUUCUCGGGCGCGACGGCGACGACCAUGGACGACGUGGGGACGUUCAACGGUGGGUCCUACCGCAUCAGCCACCGGGACUGCAACACCAUCGUGACGGUGCAGCUGGCCAUGGGGUGUCCCUUGUCCGCCAAGCCGGGCGUGCUGAUCGCCAUGUCCCCCACCAUCACGCUCAAGGGCGAGUACAAGUUCAGCAUGAAGAAGCUGGUAGCGGGCGGCGGCGAGUUCGGGCACUCGACCUUCGUCGGGCCGGGGGAACUACUAAUCGCGCCCAGCAUGCUGGGCGACAUCACCACCAUCCGCCUUGCCGAUGGCAGCGGGACCGGCGAGACCCCCUCGUCUUGGAGCGUCGGCAAGGACGCCUACGUCGCCAGCACCCAGGGCGUCGUGCGCGACUACAAGCGCCAGGGCCUCGGCAAGGCCAUGUUCAGCGGCGAGGGUCUGUGGGUCCACAAGAUCAGCGGCGUCGGCCUGCUGUGGAUCACCAGUUUUGGGGCUAUCAUCCGCAAGGACCUCGUCGACGGCGAGCGCUACAUCGUCGACAACGGCCACCUCGUCGCCUGGAACGUCAAGUACGUCAUGGAGCGCGUCGCGAGCGGCGGCAUCAUGGGCGGCUUCGCCAGCGGCGAGGGCCUGGUCUGCAAGUUCACCGGCCCCGGCACCGUCUUCCUCCAGACGAGGAAUCCGAGAGCUUUCAGCGCGUACAUGACCGGCAACGCUGCGCCGCCCUGA